AUGGCAAUCGAUCCAAUUCAGGGUCAAGGAGCUGUGAAGGCCAUUUCCCAGAAGGAACAACGAGACCAACAGAAAGGUCGUGGACAUGGUGGCAAAGGUGCAGGCCAACAUCGUCCGAAGAGGCAACAAGGCAAUCGCAGUAGCAUUCGCAAGCCUGUCCUGGCACUCUGCAAAGUGACCCGUGCCGAUGCUUCCGGGGAUGCCACUGAGCAAUUAAAAGCCGCGCUUCUUGAAGCCGAGCGUGGCAAUGAGCCAGUGGACGGAGGACUGCUGGGAAUGGCAGCCGCCCAGGCUGGACGGCUCGGCCUCAAAGACUUGCUUGCCUCCCUUAUGGCCUACGCUUGGCCAAGACUCUUCUCUUGUGGUGGACGCGAAGUUGCCGAGUUGGCCGCCGCUGCCAGCAAAUGCGGCUGUGACGAUGAUAGGUUCUUCUACUUUGUGGCUACGUACUGCAGCCAGAACCCUAGUGCAUUCACCUGCCUCCGGGAUGUGGCACUGGUCGCUGCAGCGCUCACACCGAAGCUUGAUUCACAGGUGAACCUUGGAGCCGCCUUCCUUGGCCUCUCCAAUGUGGCCAUGCAACACUUGCAGGGCAAGCUGACGGGCCAGCCCAUUCGGGACAUCGCCGAGUUCUUCUACUCGCUGAUGAAUGUCUUGGGCAUGCCGAACAACGCAAGCCUCUGCAACGAAGACCCGGUGAAUGAAGUCAUCGCGGCAAUCGCCUCUGCGGUUCGGCGUUUCCUCCAUACCGCCAGCGGGCAAGAUAUUGCAAAGGCCACUGGUGCAACUUCGCUUGGGUGGACGCUGCUGCCUCGCUUGCAAGACACUGUCCUGGGCCCCUUGUUGAAAGAGCUGGCACAGGCAAUCCGCUUCCGCCACGCAGACUUCAAUGCUCAGGACUUGGCACAGCUUAGCGUCUCGUUCGCCCGAGUGGAGUGUUUUCCGGACUUCGCGACCUCCCUGCCGAUCCUGGUUGAGAAGGUGUGUGAGCGCAUGGGGACCUUCAGCUCCAAGGACCUGAGUUUGGUGCUUUGGUCCGCUUCCCGUCACACCUACCUCGCGGAGAGAUGCGCGACGCUUGCAUCCAAAGAGGUUAUGAGGCGAGACCUGUCAAGCUUCUCCGCGCAGGACCUCUGCAUGACUGCUCAAUGCUUAGCCAAGCUGGGCAGCAGAGGCAAGGCAGCACUUAGCUUGGUCGCAGGCCAAGUCUUUCAGAGGCAGGCGAGAGGCUUGUCGACCACGGACAAGGUGCUGUUUCUGUGGGCGCUGGCCAAGUGCAAAGUGAUGCAUCUUGCCCUUUGCCGGCUCAUCGUUCGGGACCUCGCAGUCGAGAACUGUGGUCGUCUGCAGAGGGACAAGGUGGGCCUCGCGCUGUGGUCCCUGGCAGUCGUUUGGCAGUCGCUCCCGCAGUCCGAUUCUUGGGCAACACUUUUGGCAUCCACCCUCCUUGCUGCGCAGCCGUGGCAGAUGGCUCCAAGCUACGAGGUCACAAAUGAUGCCUGGGCCUUUACUCAGCUUCCGGCAGAGCUCACCAGCAUGAUGUGGCCAUCUCUUCUCUCAUCUGCAGUGCAAAUUCCUCCAAGUAGCCUGUCACAGCACGAGCUCUGCAACCUGUUGGCCGGCCUGUCGCGCUGUCCCAAGCAGGUGAUCCUCUGUCGGGAAGUGUUUACAUCGUUCGCGAGCGAGUUGGUGAGCCGUCUACGGGCGCCGAAUGGGCCACCAACGACAUCUGACCACGACAAGCGGCUCCUGGCCGCCACGCUGGCUUGCCAGCCAGAGAAUUGGAACACUUACCUGAACGGAGGUGAUGUAGAAUCGGUGCAAGCCUUUGUCGCGAGUGAAGCGAAGUCCCAGGAUGUUCCCGACGCUGCGGCUUCCGGGCCAACCCGGGAGGCUCCAUCACCCGAUGACGCCGAGGAGGGCUACGAACAGAGGUCGCAGCAGACAGAGGAGGCCACAGACAUACCAGAGCCAGAGACGGAGAGACCUUUCGAGAAGGAGGAGAGCUACUUCAAAGCAAAGAGAAAGGAGACAGAGGAGGCCACAGAUGUGCCAGAGUCAGAUCCUGGAGCAGAUGGCUGGUGUCCAAAAGGUCUCGUGGAGCGCGACCAAGACUACUCGGUGCCCGGCACGUCGGAGCUCAGUCUUCUACAUCUGAAUUCUCAAUGCAACUACAAAGGACACUGUGUGCAGCUGAAACACACCUUCAUCCAUAUAGAUUGCCCGGAGGAGAGCGAUUCAGACGAAGACUGUAUGAUCUGCAACAUGACUAGGAACGCAGGCCGCAGGCGUGCUAAGUCGGCCGAUGGACGAGAUCUAGUUGCUUGCGGAAGCACAGGCGUCCCACCCAUCCCGGUAAUAAACGAUCCCGACAUGGAGCGCGAGCUCUUGGAGCGCCAUCAGCAUCGGGUCGAGAAGCGACGCGACAUCGUUGGAAUUGCACCCACCGGGUCUGGAAAAACGAUGGCGUACAUUCUGCCUCUUCUUGCGGAUGGACUUUGCAAAGCACGAUGCCCCGCUCCGACCACGAUGGAAUCGCUCUUCCUGCGCUUUUGCGAAAUGUUUCCGAGGUCCUUCGACCCAUCUGAUAGCAAGCCUGGCUCUUACGUGAGUGUAACCUUACAGCAGCCGUAA